AUGGCGUUUGCUUCUUUUACUAACAUGCUGCUGCUUAUUUUAUCUGUGUUAUUUCUUUUAUAUAAUGGUGGGGUUUCUACUGCAGCAGCAGCAGCAGCAGCAAGUCCUCGUCCUAUUGGAGCAGGAGGAAACAGAAGCAGCAGCAGCAGCAACAGCACACCUGAGACCUUCGUAGAAGCAGCUGAGGAAGCAGAAAGAGCUGCAGCAGAAGCAGCAGCAGCUGCAGCAGCAGCAGCAGCAGCAGCAGCACCUACUGCUCCUCCCUCAUGGCUUGGCCGUCUAGGCUUCCCCAACUUCAUAGAGGGAUCGUUGCGCCCUCUGCUGCAGCAGCAGCAGCAGCAACAGCAGCAGCAGGAGCAUACGCGGUCAAGUACCAUACGUCCUCCUCCUAGACCUCAGCAGCUGCCACUGCAGCAGCAGCAGCAGCAGCAGCAGCAGCUACCACCGCUGCUGCAGCCUCUGCUUGGCUUCUUACCCCAGAGACCUAAGAGAGAGACAGAGGACGAAGAGACAAUAGACAUAAAAGAGGAGACAAUAAAAGAGGAGACAAUAAGAGAGGAGGAAGAGGGGAGAGAUAAUGCAGCAGCAGGAGCAGCAGGUGCAGCAGGUGCAGCAGGAGCAGCAGGAACAGCAAAUCCACCAAAAGAAGAAAUUAUUAUUGGUGUACUAGGUAGACCACAAAUAGUUAUAGAUACACUGCAGGAGCCCCAGCAGCAGCAGCAGCAGCAGCAGCAGCAGCAGCAGCCAUCAAGGAGACCACCUCUUUGGAGACCCCAGCAGCAGCAGCACCGCCCCAGCAGCAGCAGCACCUCAUCCUCCCCAAGCAGCAGCUCUAGCAGCAGCAGCGACAGCAACAGCAGCAGCAGCAGCACAUCUUGGCUUCCUCUUAGACCUAUCUUCUGGCCUCGUCCUCAAGUAGGAGAGACACAAGGGGAAAACAGGGAAGACAGCAGCAGCAGCAGCAGCAGCAGCAGCAGCAGGGUUGAGAUAGACGAAGAGUCUUCUGAGGGAGAUAUCAAGGAAAUCCUCUUCCAAGAUGGCCGUACUUUGUCUGUAUUAACAUUCAACGUCAAGGGAAAAGGACCGAGUAUUCGCGUCUCCUUUAUAUCCGCCUGGUCUCUUGCUGUAGAAGUACGAGGAGAAGUCGAUAGGGAGGCGUUAAUAGAAUUACUUGUUGCUGUUGUCUCUGACGCAUGCCAAGCAGCAGAAGUCUCAGAGGGAGGAAUAUUCUCUGAUAGUUUGUCUGUAGAUAACGGCUUAGUAGAUUUAUCUGUUGAGUGUCUUGUUAAGCCAACGAGCAGCAGCAGCAGCAGCAGCAGCAUUGCUGCCUUAUUAGAGGAUGAGGAAGCAGCAGCAGCAGCAGCAGCAGCAGCAGCAAGUCAAGCUCUUUUAUUACGACAGCAGCAGCAGCAACAACAACAACUACUGCAACAGGAACAAGGCUUAUUAGGUAUUGUACCUGAGCAGCAGCAGCAGAAGCAAGAAGAACUGCAGCAGCAACUGCAGCAGCAACUGCAGCAGAAACUGCAGCAGCAACUACAAGAUUUGCAGCAACUGCAGCAGCAAAGAAUAAAAGCAGCAGCAAACUUUCGUAAAAGUGCUGUUGCUGUCUUCCUAUCUGCUGCUGCAGCAGGAGCACCAGGAGCAGCAGGAGGAGCAGCAGGAGGAGCAGCAGCAGCAGCAGAUAAUAAAAAAGAAAAAAGAGAUAUUUUAUUAAAUGGUCUUAUUAACUUUGUAGAUAAAUUAGCUAAACCCCAACAACAAACCCUAAACCCUUAA